CAAAUAGUUAAAUUUGUUGGCACUUGUUUCUAGAAAUGUUUUUAAGUUUAUUAUUAUCACUGUACUUCUACCAAUGGAAAAAUUAAAAAGGGAAAUAAUGAGAAAGUAUCAAUGUAUUUCUGCAACACAUUUGAGUUGAGGUGCUGGUAAACCAUUUUGUAACUGUAAGCUUCUCUACCCUUGUGAGGUUUCUUAUUUCUAUAGAUUUCCAUUUCUCCUCUUCUUUUCACUUGUCUGUCUCUCUAAUGCUUCUGCCAAAACUCUUCCACUGCUUAUCUUUCUUUUACUUUGUUUUCUGAUGCAGUCGUUGAAAUUACAUGUCUUAAAGCUUACACAAAAUAUAGAGGCUUUGAAGUCACGGUUGGCCAAAAAUGAGGAGAUGAUUCAUAGUCAAUCUCUGGAUAUAGUUGAUAUGCAGGUACCAGUGACGGGAAUAUCUGAUGCAGCAGGCGGAAAUAAUUACCAGUCAAGUUUAGCCAGUCCUUGCACUUCUGAGGAAUCUGGGGAUGCUGCAGAAGACACUGACCACAAUUCUCAAAAAGAAAUACCAAGUGACUCCUCGGGCACCGACCACAGUUCUCAGAAAGAAUUAGCGAGGGAUUCCUUAGACACCGACCACGGUUCUCAGAAAGAAUUACCGAGUGAUUCCUUAAACACUGACCACAGUUCUCAGCAAGAAAUUCCAAGUGAUUCCUUUCUCCAAUAUGAGGGAGAGGCUGAGGCUAUGUGUGAUACAAUUCAACCUCAGCAUCAAUCUAUUUCAUCAACCAAAGAGUCAAAAAGUAUGUUCAAUGUGAAUGUGGACAAAAAAACAUUUCGUGCAGUGGGUGAAUCUGUUUCCAAGUCUUCCAAGGGAGAAGUUAAGAUCCACUUUUCUGAGACCAGAAGUUUCAACAAACCUUGGGAAGUUGACAAUAAAAAGGAGGUGUCUCAAGUUGAUUCUGUGAAACCUCAACAAGAACUUAGAUCGACCCAGAGUAGGUCCGAAGGGAUGCCUUCCAGAAAAAUACAUCUUUCCAACAGGGAGAGGCUGCUCCUCAGAAAGCAAGCCCUCAAGAUGAAGAAGCAACCAGUGCUUGCUGUUGGGAGGAGCAAUAUUGUUACUGGACUUGCAAAAAAUAUCAAAGAACACUUCAAGAAGUAUCCUCUUGCGAUUGUGAAUGUCAAAGGAAGGGCAAAAGGGACUUCAGUUAGGGAGGUGGUUUUUAAGCUGGAGCAAGCUACAGGUGGUGUACUUGUUUCUCAAGAACCAAGCAAAGUCAUAUUGUAUAGAGGUUGGGGUCCAGGUGGAGAGCGUGCUUCUUCUAAUGGAAAUAACACUAGAGAUUCGAGAAACAGCAGAGAGCACAAGGAACUGCUGGCAAUAUCUCCUGAGCUAAUAUCAGCAAUCAGGCUUGAAUGUGGUUUGCAAUCCGACCAUGAAAUGGAGGUCACUUCAUAGGCUACAACCUUUGUACAAGUGAAGUCGACACUAUUUGAGCUCUCGUUUUAGCAACUCCUUUUUUUGCCCCCAAUGAUGGUCUAUGGGUUGUCUCUGCAUGCAUCUGACAAUUGCUUUUCCAAUGUGGAGUUGGAAUCUAAAUUGUGCAUCAACUCUCCAAUACGAAUGAUAGGGAAUCAACUGCCACCGAGCCUCUCUCCUUGCAGACUUUCAGUAACUGGAAAAAGUUCCACGUGAUAUUUGUCUCGUGGCAGCGGUCAUUGUGCUUCAACUGGAGAGAUUCUGGGAGGAAACCUGUAACCGUAUGUUAGUUAAGUGGGGGCUGCUGUCCUAAUUGUUUCCGAACAAGCUCCAUUUUUGGUUUCGGAUGUGUUGUCAGUUCUCAAUUAUCUCUAGUUGCUGACCUACAUUUUAUGUAAAUAGUAGUUUCAUCCCUAGUAAUUUAAGGACAUAGAUGUCACACAUUGCACAGGCUCCUUUUGAUUACAUACUGGUUUUAGGUUA